AUGACGUGGCCACGCCAUAAUGCAGCAGCAGCAGCGAACAUCGUCCAUCGAAUCGCGCUGGGCUUCGUCGCCGUCGGCCAUGGCGUGGUUUCGACUUCGCCGGUCCAUUGUCAUGCUGCGAAAGUGACGGCGAGACUCCGGGGUGCGACCGAAAAGAAUGCAGAUGGAGCUCCGGCACUUGUUCUCAAGUCUGCAUCCGUCGAGAAUGCCCCCGCCCGGCAGCAGCAGGCUAUUACACUCUCCCCUAUUCCAAAUCCGAUCGGCUUCUCGGGCGUCUUGCCCGAAGGGGACUAUUUGGGAGAAGACACGGUAGUAGAGAACGGUACGAUGCUGACAGCGCUACAACUGCUGCACUCCAGCCCCGAGAUCGCAGUAGGGGCCUAUGGUAUGGGAAGCGUCCUUCCUAUGGAGUAUUCUUCUGGCUCCUCUGCGAACGUGGACAUGCAUCACGCGCCGUUCGGGUCCGCCGCAUUCGAUGCAUGGCACGCAGGAGGUGAAACUGCCGAUUCUCCGAUGAGCUUGGCACCGCCAGAGCCAUACACGGCUAUGGACUUCGGCUUCUAUGGAGACGCGUCAGGUGUUAUGCCGAGCGAGACUAAUGUGCCAGAUCCACAGAAAACAGACGCCCGUUCUGGUAGCACCACCUCUCAAAAAGAAGGGGUAACCGAUGGACACGUUUCACAGACUGCCGACCGGGAGAUCACCGGUAUCACUGCCCUGUUGGAAAGCGCUCAAGAGCAAAGCGCGAGCAGCUCGAACGCACCGGGCACUGCUCCAGAGGUGGCAGAGGAGGCAGAGCACCAAUCAAGCACAGGUGCUGGUCUCCUCGAAGUCGCAGGACGUGCCGAGCCGUCCCAGGAAGAUGCCGCUCCAAACGAAAACGUGUCGCCCCCCCCGGAGACUAAUGAGAGUGGCAGCGCGGUAGAAAUCUCCGCGGAACAGACAACCACGGAAGAAAAGACGAAACCUGGGGAAGAAGACUCCUCAGAUAAUGAACCGAGAGAUGGGAGCGAGGCUGGCGAAAAGGACAACGAGUCUUCUCAGACGAAGCCUGAUCGUGAUUACCCCGUCAGCGGUGGUGUCCUCGACACGCAGCCGGAACAAGAAAUUGCGGAUACUCAAACAGACAAAGAAAGAGAAACCGAGGCGAGCAAAGUCGGUCAAUCCGAAGAUGCCAGCAUACAAGAGACUUUCAGUGAAACUGAGGGGGCAGAUGGAGUGCUCGCCAAGGGAUAUGGUAGCUCCAACGAAACGCGUGCAGUAACGGACAUUCCAGCGGCGUAUGGGGACGAACCUUCAACGCGUGCCACAGACAGAGAAGCGGGGGCGGAGAGCCCGGCUUCUACUUCGCCAGAGGGGAUUAUCUCUCCUGUUGCAGAGUCAAAUGGAUUACUGGCACGAGACGGCGUGGAGGAGGCACUUGAGACAGAAGAUCCUUAUGGAAGUAAGAAGACUGAGUAUAUGCCUUCAGCAGGUGCGGAUUCAGAGGCAUUCGCGUCGGAGAUGGGAGGUCGUUUGUCGGAGGACUCACAAGAAUUAUCUGUUUCCGACAGCAAAGAACAGACAUCAGAGAGCUACAUUUCUGCUUUACACGAUGAAAUAACACUUGAGGGUCAGCAGGGUCUCUUAUCUCUUCCACACUCCAGCAUUCAUGUACCCGAGCAACCGUAUACGCAGGGCCGCCCGGUGGAUUCCCUCUCUACGGCAGUACACGUCCCUGAAAUUCAAAUUGAUCCGUCAGUAUUGGAGGUGAGCCCCGGAAACCCAAUCAACGAGCAUGCAGGAAACGACGUUUUGGAGUUCCCCGCUUCGACCGCAGGUACUCGACUCGCACCAGAGCCCGUCAGUGGCCCGACAGAAGAAUCUGUAGCACUCCAUCAAGACCCGCCCAUUUUGAAUGACGUGAACAGUCAGUUCCAGGUGGAGAACACUUUCCAUGAUCCGGAGCGUCCGGUUCAUCAUUUGCAUGGCGAUUCUGCAUCCCAGGUUGUCGUGCUCCCAGCUUCGAACUCCUCCAGCGGCAUGAUGUAUCACCACGAAGGCUCAUCCCUCGCGGGCAACGAGCCGUCGCUGCCCUUCACAGACACUGGCGCGCCCCAGAGUACAGUGAUUACAGGAUCGCAUGAGCACAUCCACAAUAAUGAGCACAGUCUCCCUGCAGCCGUGGCCGUGGACGAGCCCCUCGGAAUAAUCUCGUCCGUCGAGCCUAUCCAGACAAAUGUAUUGCCACCAAUGGCCACAGCGAUGCACGCCAUUCAGAGGCCCCUCCUUCAUCCGUACCAGACGGCCGUGGAACAUGUGACACACGUACCGUCAGGUUUUCCGGCUUCUCCAUUCACUUCCGUUGGCGUUGCGCCAGCUCAGAAGACGCACUUGCAGGAAGUCGCAACCAUCGCGGAGCAAAAUAUGUUCCGCACUGAACAGACCAGCGGGCCCCUUCAAAUGCUAUACUACGGCCAGCGGGACGAUCCGGCUGUUGGCCGCGAGUAG